AGCAGACAACGACAACGACGACCAUUUGUUUCGAAAUCCCAUCAAAACAUUAAACUAAAACAUACGGAAUACGAGUGUAUUUGAGUCAGUGUGUGAAAUCUCUUUGUUAGACGUCUAUUUGACGACGACGACGGGCAAUGAUAUACGAUUUUUGUACACACAAACACGUUCGAAGCCACACAGAAAACUUAGAAUUGUGUGAAUAGAUGCAGAAAAAAAGGAAGGAAAAAAGUAAAAAAAAAAAAUCGAAUUUUUCGACUAAAAACAGCAGCACCUCAUCCACAAUCAAAAGUACGAUUCUAGUAAAUAAUUUGCUGUCAUUGAAUUGGAUUUCGUGUGUAUUUGUGGUAAAUAGAAAAAUAUUUUCAGUGUGCAUACAAAGUGCGUAUUGGCUUUUUUCCAAAUCAAAAAGUUAAUUUGUCAAAACAAAUAUUUUCGCCUCGCAGCAAACGCAGACGAACAAAGAAGGAGAAAAAUAAUUUUUCGUUGUUUUUCAUUUUGAUUUUCAAUUGAAAUCAAAUCGUCGCAUAAUAUUUUCCAUCUGACGUCAUGUUUUCUUUUGUUAUUGAUGCACUACCAAUCAAUUUAGCCAUUAUUGUUGUGCAUUCAUCAGCGCCAGAGUUUUAAUUUUCGUCAAAAUAAAUAUAAAUCAGUGUCUGAAAAUUCAAUGGAACGAACAUAAAAGGCAACGACAACGUCGACGACGACGACGACGACGACGAAUGCGAAAAAAAACGAAACACGAUUUUCAGCUGACAGUCAGUGAGUGUAUCAAUUGAACGGCGAAGCAGUGGAAAAACAGUGUUUAUGCACUAUUGUCGAAACAAAAGACAGUGAAUAUACAGCGAGAUAGAGAAAUAAAGCGAACAUUUUAUUCGGACAAAAGACAUAAAGAAAAACAAUUGCAUAUACUCUUUUUUCUUCUCGCUUUCAAAUACGAACUCGCUACACACAGCCAUAUAGAAAUAAAUGUGUGUGUCUUUAUUCCGUGUGUGUGCUGUUUUUUUUCUAUUUGUCUCAUUGAUUUUGGUUUCUCGAAUAAUAAUCAAAUAACACUACUGAAUUUAUUCACCGUUCGCUUCUUCAUCAUUGUUCAAGUUGUUAUUGAAGCAAAACAAAUAAAAAACGAGAGAUUAUUCAUUUAGUGUGCUGUUUAAUUCUCUAAUUUGAUUCGUGUUGUCGGAUUGUGCGUGCGAGCGUGUGCUUCAAAAAUGCCUGUGCCGUUGAUAUUCUGCAAGAAAAAAGUGCUUUCAUUUUCGUUUGUGUUUUGAAUUAGAAAAGGAAAGAAAAAAAAUUUAGCAACGAAAAGAAAAAUAAAAACCAAGAUUCAAAUUUGGAAUUAAAACGGAAAUAAAGUGCUGUGUGCAUACUUUUUUUCUUCUUCUUUCGUUUCGUUACUUUCGUUUAUGCUUGCAAUUAGCAAAAAAUUCCAGCAGCACCACCACCGCAUUUGGCUGUUUAUAAAAAUUGCUUUUUCAAGUGGAAACGCCAGCAACUGAGCAGCAAUAAAUUUCACCAUUGUUGUGAAUUUACUGCAGAAUAAGCAACAACAACAACAUCAGCAGCAGCAAUACACAGCAAGCAGACAAUUGGUAAGUCGUGUGUUCAUAAUUGUUUUGUGUUUCGUUGUUUUGGUUGUGGUUUUUAUUUCGGGUUUUUGUGUUCGACAUUCAGAGGUAUUCAUGUGCAAAUUCAGGUUGCGGGUUGUUUUUUUUUCCUCCAUUCAGCUGCACUGUUUCGAUUUUGCCAUGUUUGACAGAAAAUCGAUUAUUUUCGGUUGUCAGAAUUUAAAAAAAAAUGGACGUCAAAGGGCUAUCCGGUGGUAUUAGUGAUGGUUUCAAUGGUUUCAAAGAAAAUUAGAGCAAAUUUGAUAACAUACUCCAUUGCUGUGGGUGGGUGUUGUGUGUUUGUGUAUGUGUGUGACAUGAUAUUGGAUAUUGACGGGUUCAAAUUAGAUAUUUUGCCCGCAUGACAGUCGAAUAGGCCACAAUUAUACUCAUAUGCUGUAAACGUACGAGAUGAAGCCGUUUUUUUUUCUAUUUUCGUCACGUUGAUCGACCGAAUACACAUCUCUAUGGCAAUCUGUUUGAAUUGACAAGUAAUUCAAUAUCAUCCAAUUGUAUCUUUUGUACAGCCAUUUUCAAUCCACUUUUGCUGUGUUUUUUUUCUUAUUCGUUUCGGUUUUUCUAUUGAUGAUUCUUGCAUUGUGAGACAAAAAAAAGUUUUUGCGUUGAAUGCACGUGUAUGAUUGUGACUAUAAAUUUAUUUUUAGUUCGAUAUGGAUGUGCUCGCUCAAAAACAACAAUGGUCAACAUUGUUGGAUUGAGUUGAAAAAAAAAUAAUUGCCGUCAUCUGCGUGAAUUCCACGAGACGAUGUGUGUGUGUGUGUGUGUGUGUGUGUGUGUGUAUAAGCCACUGAAAUGAUUCUAUAUGGCUAUAUAUACUGUACUGUAUGAUACUAUAUAACAUCAGAAAUUCAUAUAUAUGAUAUGCUCAUCACAUGCUGUGUUUCGAUCAUCUUUUGUUUGUAUACAAACAUGUGUUUUGGUUUUGUCUAUUCGUAAAGAACGGUUUAUAUUGAAUGAUACAACAACAACCACGAACGAAAAAGCGCGCACACACAAACGCAUUUUGCACAGUUUGUACCGAAACCAGAAUGGACGGUAUAUGUGUGUAUUGUGAUUGUGCCUUUGCUCUUUCGAUUAACGUCAAGGAUGCGACCAUAUUAAGGAAAAACAAAAGUGAUUUCAAAUUACAAAUCAUUUACAAUUUGCCCAUCGCCCUUCAUAGCUUUUUUUCCCCUUCUUCUUUUCCUGCUAAUCAUCGUGAAUUUAUCGCUGGGCAAUAAAUGACCAAAAAAAAUAGUUGCAAGUUCAAUUGAGUGCGGCGGCAUGACAGAUCGAUUCGAUUCGAUAAAAAGCGAUAAAUAAUUUGUCAUACAAGUAUAUCCAUAUUUAUUUGUCUUGAUGACGUUUUAUUUUUGUUCGUUAACAUUUAAACAGCCUAUCAGUUUCUAGUUUUUCAAUGUCACACGCUGUCAGCGCAUAAGGAGAGAGAGCGCGCGCGCGGCAACAGCCGCCAAGCACAAAGAGAAUACGAAAUACGCAUAAGCAAAAUCUCGUGCGGCCGCACACGGUAGUUUUUUUUUGCUUUUUACUUUUCAAUCAUAAAUAUAGCACACUAUCGAACGGAGUGUGAUAAAUCAACGAAAAGAACCAAAUCACUUACAUGCAAUCAGUAUUUGCGUGCAAUUUGUAAGCGUGUCAGAAAUUGAGCAAAUAAUAAACAUAGAACCGAACCAAGCCAAGCCAAGCCAAGCCGAUACGAAGCGAAAUUCAAAAAAACCUGAAGGAAAAGCAACGAAAAAAAGUAUUCUUUGUUCGUGCGCGACUCAUUUGCAUUUGUAUUUUUUUUUGUUCGUUUGUGACAAUAGACUUUGAACAUACUGAGUCUUUUGCAUAUGCACAUACAUCGAUCAUCGGCGUUGCCUGGUGCUAUUAUGGUGCCGUUCGACACAACGAUAAUUCGGGCAAUUUCUGCAUUUGUUUGCAUCAAUUACGACGGUAUUUUGAAAAUGAGAGUUUGAACAAACCACACACCGACCCGAAUCAAACGAUAAUUUUCACAUUUUGUCGUUCGGUCGGAGAGGGGAAGACGGUGCAUGAAUGGAAAAUGAUAACCAAAGAACAACGGCUAUAACGAAAAUACAAAACCAAACAACAAAUGUUCAUCAUUCUCUUUCUCUGUUUAUGGAUUCAUUCAAGCCGCUAUUCAUUGUGUGCUCUCGGCUUCUUUAUAUUUCCCUUCAUAUGUUUUUAUUUUGCUGCUUUUUUGUGUGUUGUGUAGUUUUUUUUUCCUCGUCUUUGUUUUGCUUCGCUUUCGCGAUUAUUUUCAUUUGGUCUGUUCCAUUCCGCUAGAUGUGCGUGUGUUUUGGUGAGUGUACAUGUGCACAAUACAUCUUAAUUGAGGUAUAUUUGCAUGCAGAUGUGUGAGCGGUUACCUUGCCGCGAUCUUAUGCGGUCGUCACCGUAUAAAAUAGUACAUACAAAUGAAAUAAACUUUAAUAGCAGUGGAAAAAAAAUCACACUUACGUAGCGAGCGUGCGCGAGAGAGAGAGAGAGACGGCAAUGUAUGUAAGGAGAACACGAAAAAUAAAAAUAAAAAACAAAACAAAACACGAAAUGAACAACGAUGAAGUAUUCGAGUUAUCAUGACAUAAACACAGACACUCUCUCACACACACAAACUCACUCGCAACCAGUCGCGUUCCGCAUUUUGGUUACGUUGUAUUUAUUUCUUCGACUACAUUUUUUCUUCUUACUUGCUUGCUUUGGUUGCACGGUGUGAGUUGAGUAAUUUCUCCUGAGUCCGUGUGUUCACAAUUUUUUUUUUCAUUGGCGUGAGUGACGCGGCGCGCACGAUCGCAUAUUCGGCCCAUGCCGAUAACACCAAUGUUUGUGCGCCACACUUCAGUAGAUAUGUAAACGGUGUCGUUGUUUCAGUGAUUAUGUGAACAUCGAAUGGUAUUGUUUAUUAUCAAAUUGAUGCGGCCACGAUUUCUUCACAUUUUCCAUCGUUUAUUUUCUUCGUCUUAUGUCGCUUGGCCGUCAUCGUCGUCUUCGUUUUGGUUUCUUCAAAUUUGUAACGGCCGCCGCACACAAGUGAAUGAAAAUUUGAUGAAAAAAAGAACUAAUCUUGUGUUACUUUCACAAGCUUAUUGCCUUCUGAGAAGCAUAGAAAAAAUGCUAGAUCCAGCCCGAAGGCAGCACAGUGUGAUGAGAUUUUUCGUGACAGAUUUCAUUUCGCUUGUCUUCAGCUCGACGUUUCAGCAUUUCAACGUGUGUGUUAAUUGAAUCAACGAACGAAUUUUCAACGAUCUGACAAUUAUCACGUCGGUCCGAAGUGAACCAAGUGCGAUGUGUAUAUUUUUUCAUUAGCAAUAGAUUCAUAGCUAGAUUUUCUGUCGCUAACCGAAACAACUGCACAUAUUUAUAAUAAGUGGUGAGAGAGUUUAUUGUUUGCGAGCGAGAAAGAAUUAACUCAAGUCGUUUUCAGUGGAAAUCAGCAAAUCACAACAGGUUUUUGGUUACAGUGUGACGAAUGAGCUCAUUGAAAUGUUGUGAUUCGACUCCUAAUCGAAACGGUUAUGAUUCGAGGAAUGAAAUUUUCGACGAAACGUGCUUCGAAAAUGAGCUCCAUCAAUCUGUGAUGAAGCAUGCGAAAACCCAUUUAUAGAAAGCAUACACAGUCAGAACGAUUUUUCGCUGCUACUGCUGUUGCUUCUUCUUCGUCUUCGACUGUAAUUAUAAACAUUUACUCGAAAAGCAUUCAAUCAAUGGAAUUGUUUCAAGUAGUGGAGUUGGAGUGUGUGUGUGUGCGUGUUUUUUCUCCUGUGGUUUUCGUGAUUAUAAUCAAUGACACGUACGAGAGAUAGAGAUGUGUUUUCAUAUUGGGAUGCACAGUUAAUUAAAUGGAUGGAUUCUCUCAAUAGUUUACCGAUUCAAGUGGUUUUUGUUUUUCGUACGGAACUUCCGUUUAAAUUCCAUUCGCAACAUUGUUAGCGAAAGACAAUGUUUUUUCGUUGUUCUUUCAACAAAAUGUGGGUCAUCAUCAGAUAAAUUUCACGGAAAGAAUAACAAGCAGAUUCUUGGCGAAAGAAAAAAAAUCAACAAAAGAACGGGAACUUUAAACGCAUGGAAACAAAAUGCAAACUUUACCGUAUCGAACACAAACGUUCUGUGAUGUUGAACAUCAGCAUAUAAAUUUAAAAGUUCAGUUCUUUUUUUUCGUUUAAAUGUGUAUACACUGUAAACUAAGUGAACCGAUUGAACAUUAUAAAUUAUUACGGGCUAUACCCCCACACACACACACACAUUCGUCCACGAUGAAAAAAGAGCACCAAUCGAUCGAUCGAUACCGAACACUGGAAAUCAAUAUUUAUUUAAAUCAAACAACUGUGGAAUGAUUUUUUGCUCGUCUUUUCAAUUAUUACGGUUUAUUAGUUUGCUGUAAUGAAAAAAAAAUGAAUCGACUGAAAGUCAAUCCAAUUAAAAAGUAACUCAAGUUAAAAGAAAGAAAGAUAGAAGAAGAAAAACGCAAUCAGCAUUCAGUGAACCGUUUGUUAUCGUUGAUUAUUAUUGAUUAAAUACAGAAAAAUAGAGAGCGAAUUUAAAAGAAAAGAGAUUUUAUAUGUGUGUGUGUUUAUAUACAGUUGUGAUGUGCCGGUUUUUGGACUUACAAUUCAUUUGAAACGUACAUUUCGGUUGUUGUUUUCUAUCCGUAUCUACAAAUGAACACAUUAAAAUGCCGAUCGCAUUCGAAAUCACAUCGCUGGAUAAUCUGGCUAUCGAUAAAGUCAUAAUGGAAGGGGACGGUUCACCAUUAUCUUCGUUGUGCAUGGUUCGCGCAGCUGAAUUAUUCCCCAAACCAGAACCACAAAAAGAAGACGAAUCAUUGAAAGUCCCAUUCACCGAACUGGCUGGUGAAUAUGUGCGUUAUAUUGGCCGAACGGAUGACGGAGUAUUAGCUUUAUCAAAUUAUAGAAUUUGCCUGAAAUCACCACAGACAUCAGCGCCAGACACAGAAAUCUCAAUACCGCUCGGUGUCAUUGAAUACGUAUCCGUACGCGAUUUAUUUCAACUAGUGGUUAGCUGUAAAGAUGCCAGUACCUUUAGAUGCACAUUUCCCACAUCAGAACAAGCGUCUGAGUGGCAACGACGAAUAACAUUAGCUGUUGGUGUUCCGACGAGUUUAGAAACAUUGUUUGCAUUUUCAUAUUACGCAUGGGCAUCGGAGCAACCAUCGAAUGCCGAUAAUGAAUGGCUCGGGCGCAUGCAACGGGCCAACAAUUACGACGAAGACUUCCGAAGAGAAGUGCGACGGUUGGAAUUUAACACAAGCACAUCGUGGCGAAUAUCAACCAUUAAUAUUGAUUUCAAAUUGUGUCCAUCGUAUCCGCGCCUUUUGCUAGUACCAAUGUGCAUCACCGAUGAAAUUUUAACAAAUGUGGCGAGUUUUCGAAGUGCCCGACGAAUACCGGCAGUGGUGUGGAGGCACAAAGCGUCCGGUGCUGUAGUUGGAAGGUGUAGUCAACCGGAAGUCGGUUGGUUGGGAUGGAGAAAUCCCAAAGAUGAACAACUAUUGAAAGCCAUCGCCGAUGCAUGUGCGUUCGAUGGCGGUGAGCUGGGCCGGCGACAGGGAUCAAAUAAUAAUGCAAACGCAAGUGAGACCAGCAGUACGGACGGCAGUCAUGAGGAAAUGUGUAUGGAUGAAGUGAAGAAAAUUUUAAUCGUCGAUGCACGAUCAUAUGCUUCGGCUGUAACAAAUCGAGCCAGAGGCGGAGGCUGUGAAUGUGCCGAAUACUAUCCAUGCGCUGCGAUUGAGUUCAUGAACUUGGGUAAUAUUCAUGUGAUACGGAAAAGUUUUCAUGCUUUACGCGCACUCGCUGCAUCACCCACUGAUUCACAGAGUUGGUUCACAGCUCUGGAUCGAACCAUGUGGUUAUCACAUUUGGCUGGUUUGAUGCAGUCAGCGAUGCGAAUAUGUCAUGCCGUUGAGCGUGAAGGUCGUUCAGCAAUCGUUCACUGCUCCGACGGAUGGGAUCGAACACCGCAGCUCGUAUCAACCGCACUUCUAUGUUUGGAUCCAUACUAUCGGACAGUUGACGGGUUUCGGGUUCUAGUCGAACGAGAGUGGCUGAGUUUUGGUCACAAAUUUGCCGAUCGCAUUGGUCAUGGUCCCGGUUCGGAUGAAACAAACGAACGGUGCCCCGUAUUUUUGCAAUGGUUGGAUUGUGUACAUCAAAUUCAAAAACAAUUUCCAUGUAGUUUUGAAUUUAGCAUGGCUUAUUUGAUAAAACUGGCACAGCACGUGUUUUCGUGUAUGUUUGGCACGUUUCUAUGCAACACGUACAAAGAGCGCAUCGAAAAUUCCGUAUUCGAUCGCACCUAUUCGGUGUGGCCUUUUCUCUCUGGACCGAUGUACAAAAAUCCGCUCUAUAUACCAAAUCGCGAACAAGUAUUGUGGCCGGCAUAUCAUCCAAGCAAUUUAUCGUACUGGGCGGAAGUGUAUUCGAGCAGUUUUGGCAACCAAAAUCAGAGUGAUAGUUCGAUGACAACAAGCAUUUCACCGUCAUCGGUACCGGUUGCCGUGGCAACGGCUAGCGUGGGCACAUCAAUUGUAACACCCAGCACCAAUGAUAUUUCCAAUUCGGAACCACGCAGCCCGAUGAUAAAAACACGUUCAUAUGGUGAUUUACAAACAGCCGGAUGCAAUGGCAUUUCAAAUGGAAUGAUUCGUCGUUCAAGUGAUCCGAAUAUGACUGCAGAUGCGCAUUUCAAUAUGAAUCUAUCAACGGAACCGUCAAUCGAAACCUUGCCGGAAUUCUAUGCCAAUGGAGCCAAUGUAGUCGAUACGAAUGUGAUAAACGAUCAAACAAUUGCAAAUUUUUGCAGUGAUACAGUUCGAGAGUUGAAUAAUUUAACGGAGGAUUUAAUUCAACAGACCGAUUUAGGGGAGAUUGGUGGCGGUGGCAGCAGAGUUCGUGACACCACCAAUCACAAUAUGAAUCAAAUCAAUAGUAGUUUUAACAGUAGUAGGUUUAUGGAAACGGCGUUGAGUUCAAGAAAAAGUGUUCAUGACGAUGCAAUUGCAAGUGUUCAAUCUCCUGAAGAUAGUCAAUCAAAUGCUCAUAGCUCCAUUGCUGAUCACAAUUAUGCGAUACCCUAUCACAAUAGUACACCGAUUACAGACCAAUUGUGUUGUACUGAAACCGAGAUUGGUAAUUUAAAUUGUGACGUCGUUGAUUCUAGUCCAUUUUAUACUCAUUUCAAUAAACAUUUAGAGAAUAAUAUGGGCGAUGACGGUAGAGUGUCGGCGAAUAGUUUACAGCACAAUAAGGAUGAACGAUGUGAAAGUGUCAAUGGGAGAGUGAGUAGCGAGGGAUCAAGGGAUGAAGAUUAUCGAGUGGCAAUGUGUAUGCUGCAAAGUGUCGAUUUGAGAGACACCUCUCCACUGUCAUCCUCACCGAUGGCCGCACAGUCACAAUGGCAUGGAAAUAUCGAAACCAGCACAGACACUCUAGUUCCUGUUGAUACACUUAGUUCGGAAUUGGCCGAGGAACAAAUACGCUGCGAACUCUCGACGGCUGUUAUUACUUCACAUUCAAAAGAAUCAGCUCCAAGUGAAAAUGGCAUGGGAUUAUACGGUGACAGUGAUCGUAGUAGACCGCGUAUUCUACCCGAAGUACACACCAAAUCGAAAGCACUUCCAAAUGAUAAUGCGUUGGAUGCAAUGGAUGAGAGCAUUUUGAUUCAGCCAGAGCAACAACGAAUGGAAAUUCUGAAUGGGAAUCGAAGCGAUUCCAAUCAAUUAAUGUCAGCUACAGCACCUGUGCCAAAUGGAAAUGGUAAUGGAAUUGUAACGACGAUGCCACUGUAUCGACGUAGACGUAACUCGAACAAUUCAAAACCACCUCCGUGCAUCGCUGAUAUGACAACCACAUCAAAUGUACGUUCCGAUAGCAUUUCACCAAAUACAAUGAAUUCAAAAUUUGUACUACCAAAUAAUACUACAUCACGAAGCGUGACCACCGCGCAGCCCACAUCGAUUCGAACGAUCAACACACCAUCGCAAACCACAAAUAUUUCGAUGAUUUCGUGUCCGGACGGAUUAGCGCACGCUCUCAGCGAACAGAACCUAAGACUACAGCAAAUUGUGCACGAACAUAAGAUUCGCGAAGAAGCACUGCAAAAGGAGCUUCAAGCAUUGCGAUUGGCACUCCUGCGAAAACGUUCCUGUUCAAAUUGCAGCAAUGGCCAAACAAACAAUGGCACAACAUCAAAUGUUGUCGACGAAACAGAUGACGAUGAUGAAUCGUUAGUGGCACAGUCUGAUUAUAGCGGUUCAGUGAGAUCACGACAAAGCUCAGAAGGCCCAUCAACUGCUUUGUUGCCAAAAACAUACAGUUGGGCCAGCUCAAAGUCGGCGAACUCAAUGGUUGACAAUGGAGUGGAGAACGUGUCGAUUUGUUCGUGGGAAGCGGUCGAUGAACGGAGCGGACCACUAUCGGGUGCGAGUUCAACGAAUGCGAUAUCGUCAAGUGUUUUAUGGGUACCGGAUCAUGCGGUGAAAAUUUGCACCAGCUGUCAAACGGAAUUCUGGCUUGGACGGCGAAAACAUCAUUGCCGAUCAUGUGGACAAAUCUUCUGUGCCGAUUGUUCCGAGUAUUGGGCAGCGCUGCCCGAUGAGCGUCUAUUUACGCCAGUCCGUUUGUGUGGCCCGUGCUACCAUACAAUAACAAAAAGUCAAAAUUACGAACAAAGUCAAAAUAUUCCAUCGUAUGCGCAAUGCACGCUGUCGUCAUCGUCCUCCGAAAACCGCAGCUCAAUGCAACCACACUACCAUACAAAUGGAACAACGCAACCGGCCGCCGCUGCAACAAAUUCACUGGGACCGUGCAAACAUUCGAUGAGUAGCACGAAAAACGAUCAAAGCCCCACAAAAGCCACAACCGUCACGAAUUGAUUGAUAAAUUGCCAUCACCUCCACUACCACCACCAUCGCCAUCACUGGGCAGCUAGAUACAAUACGGGAUAAAUUCAAUGUUGUUCAACACUGAGCACACCGGUUCUCCUUUUUGAGAUUGGUUUUUAUUGACAGCUUAACAAAGUAUUUAUUUGAAUUAGAAAGAGAGUAAACACUUUGCUUUUGGCACAAAAACAACAGAUAACUUGUAAUACGUUCACUGAACACCAGUGCAGUGAUCGAUUGUUUUUAGUUAAUCAGAGCAAAAAAAAAACACAACAAAAACAACAUAGUUGAUUUUUUUAAAUUCUUGUGCCGUUCGAACGUCGAUUCACAAAAAUCAGUUGUAAAAAACCUGUUUUCAUUUUCUUCUCGCAUCACUUGUUUGCAUGCGUUUAAUUGUUUAUGUGUAUAUAUGUAUCAUCGAACGUUGAUUGAUUGAUCGGAACACAUUUGAAUGCGAUUUAUAUCAGAGAGCUGAAUUUAGCAGGGAUUUAAACAAAACUAAAAAAAACAAAUUAUUGUAAAUAAUUUUCGUUUGGGGAAUUCAACACAUAUUGAAAUGAGAGAUUUUAAUCUGGCGAGCAAUACAUUGGAUGAAGAGAAAUAUAAAACAAACAAACAAAAAAUUCAACACAAUUUAGACACAUUUGUCGGUAAACAUGAUAAUAAAGAAAAAAACGUUGUAAAAAAAUUUCUAGAAAAAAUGUUUCUCUUUUUUUUAUUUCUUAUGCAUGGCAAAUUACAAUUAAGUAUACAUUGAAUUAGAAUAAAAAUUAUCUGCUACAGAGGAAACAGAAAUAAUAAUAAAAUGUCUAAAUAUGAAAAACUAUGAACAUGAGAAUUCAAUUUAUGAUUUAAAUAAAGAAGACAGAUAAAAUGAUAUAGAAA